GUUAUGUUAUCCGCUCGCGGCGGCCGGCCCCACGACGCCGACGCGCCAUUGCCCUCGUCCUCUUCCUCUUCCUCUUCCUCGUCGUCGUCGUCGCCGAGCCGUCGCAUGGUGGACGCCGCUGCGGCCUCCGGGGACGCGUGCGGCCGCGUGACGGAGUGGGAGACCGGCCUGCCGGCUCCAGGCGAGAUGACGCCGGUCUCGCACCAGCUCGUCCCGCCGGCGCUCGCCGCCGCCUUCGGGAUCGACCUCGCGGCCGUGGGCGUGCUCCUCCCCUCUCCCUCCGUCGACUCCCCUGUCUCCCACCUCUUCUUCCCCGUCGACGAGGACGACGACGAGGAUGAGGAGGGGGAGGGCGAGGGGGGUAACGAUGACGCCCCCGCCGCCGCCGCCGCGGGCGGCGGCGGCGGGAGGUGCGGGAAGAAGGCGAGGAUGGUGUGGACGCCCGAGCUGCACCACCGGUUCGUCGAGGCGGUGGCGCACCUCGGCGAGAAGGGCGCCGUGCCCAAGGCCAUCGUGCGCCUCAUGAACGUCGACGGCCUCACCCGCGAGAACGUCGCCAGCCACCUCCAGAAGUACCGCCUCUACCUCAAGCGCACGCGCGUCGCCGCCACGCCGCCUCCUUCUCCACCACCACCUCCUCCUCCUCCUCCGCCCCUGCCGCCGGCGAUGUACGUCCCCUGCUUCGCCGCGAAACCACCUCUCGACGCAGCUAACCGCAGCGAUUCCCCUCCUUCCAGAACCUCGGACGCAACGACUAAGCAGUAAGCUUUAUAUUUUGCAAAUUUUUUUCCCCAAAAGAUAGCCAAAAUCAGAUAGUACGUUUUUUUUCCUUUUUUUUUCUCAUAUUUUCGAGGAUCCAAGUAGAUAUAUUGAGUAUUUAAUUUCGUCAGGAAUCAAGUGAAACCAAUCAAAGAGGUACAAUAUAUUGAACUCCUGUCGUCUGCAAAAUCGAAAUUUGGCUUACCGUCCGAUGGCAAGUUGAGGGAUAGUACAUUUCAAGUACAGUUAUGCACAUAUCGGGAACAAGAUAUAGACCACACUAAAAUGCCGCUCCUUGCAAAAAUUUAUCAAACCAUUGCAUAUAUUAGUUUUCUCUUGGUGAUAGAGUUCAUUCUUUUCGGUACCAGUGUUGUCCUCCUGGCGAAAAUGUUUUUAGCCACAGACAUCCUUGGGCCGUUUAGCUAGAAUUACUCUCUUUUUUUUUUCUCUGCGCUUGAUCCGUAUAGAAUGUUUGUUGUUUAUACUUUUGUAAAUAUAAUACUUACUACUAGUUACGAGUACUAUAUUAUAUUAAAAAAAACUUAACGUUUACAUGUCUUCCUUCUUUCUUCUGUAACUUAAAAGCCAACUUUUAUGUUUGGCAUACAUAUCCAUUGUUGUCGCAACCAAAAUUCAUUAGUUAGAUAGCAAAAUAUAGUAGUUUCUGUUUUCAGUAACGCGAUGAUAGACUAUUGAAAGCAACUUUAUGCUCACACCACCUUCCCUUUAAGAGCAAUUUAGGUAUUUAAGUUCUUUGAAGGAACUGCUGUAAUGAUACCCAGUUGAUGAUUGAAUGGUGGUGGGGUUAUCUGUAAUGUGCUUCCUUGAAUCAGAAGACUUGGGUAUAUGGUUAGGAGUACUUCCCUCCCUUGCCACCACCUUGAUGUUGAAAUGGACUGCCCAUUUCAAUGAUUAUUUGAUGCUUUCUGGGGCAAUCAAUCAUUGUUAGAGGAAUUAUUUGUUCCUAGCAUGAUUUAUACUUUAAUAUAAUUAAUAUUAGUAAAGGUCAGCACUAUGUUAAUUCCAUGGUUUGGGGGUUCUGGCUUCUAGCAGUAUUCCCCACAUUCAUGGAGCUAGCAAAGGCAUAUGUCUAACCUUUUACUAUGUGUGUUCACUCUUAAUAGUUGAUACAGUUUCUGAAUUGUUUCCUCGUUUUAUUCUAACUGGUUAGCUAGCUCAAGGCUAGAGAAGGAAAUGCACCAAGAGUGAAUUAUAUUCAGAAGUUGUGUCUCUUAAGAAUUAGGGGACAGAACAUACAAUAUUUUUGGAUCAUUUCAAGUGCAUGCUUUCCAUGCAUGCUCCCAUCAAAAGGGAUAACGAGACUUGUCCACGAGGCUACGACGCAAAACUCGGCUAAAAUAAAUAUGGAAAUGCUGCUCAUAUCCAAGAACGGCCUCAGGAAAGAUGCAAAGUUUUUUUCUGUGUGAGCUGCUAAUGCUCGAGGUAUUGUCUGAAGGCUACAGGCACAAUAAGGUUUACCAAAGGAAUUGUAAUUAGGUUUCCUCUGAUCUAGAUUCAGUUUCAAAUUCAUGCAGCGUGCUGUAUCAAAUGCUGCCUAGAUGUAACAUCAUUUUUCCUCAUCAUGUAUGUGUAAGAUGCUACUCUUUCUAACCUGGUGACAUCGGCAAAGCUGCUCCUCAA